GGCCGAGGCGGCGGCAUGAGCCAGAGCGAGGUGUCGCCGUGCGCGGCGCCGCCGCCGCCCCCCAGCCAGCGGGUGUUCCAGGAGGCGGUGCGGCGAGGCAACACCAAGGAGCUGCAGUCGCUGCUGCAGAACAUGACGAACUGCGAGUUCAACGUCAACUCCUUCGGGCCCGAGGGCCAGACGGCGCUGCACCAGUCCGUCAUCGACGGUAACCUCGAGCUCGUCAAGCUCCUGGUCAAGUUCGGCGCCGACAUCCGCCUGGCCAACCGCGACGGCUGGAGCGCCCUGCACAUCGCCGCCUUCGGGGGCCACCAGGACAUCGUCCUCUACCUGAUCACCAAGGCCAAAUACUCCGCCGGCGCACGGUGAUGCCGGGGCUGCCCCCGCUGCGCUCGCCCGCCACUGCCGGGACCGCCCGCCCGGUGAUGCCGGGUGUCCCCCGGCCCGCGCCGCCCCGGCCAUGCCGGCCACUCUCCCCGCUCCCCCGGCCGCCAGAGCUGCUCCCGCCCCCGCCCGGGGCGGGUUUGGCGAAGAUUUGGGGCCCCACGCAGAACACGCCACAUUUUUAAGUUUUUUGUUUGUUUGUUUGUUUGUUUGUUUUUAAUCUUCCAAGGGUUGUUUCCUACUGUAACGUGGGUUUUUUCCUCCAUCUACCUCGGCUGCACUCACAGUAUUCACGAUUUCAGUUUGACAUCUGGGCAGAUGCUUUAACACCCCCCGCCCCGUUCCCUCUCCGCUAAUAUUUAAUCCCCCCUCCCAGCCCUCCUUGUUCCCGACCCUCCCAUUUAAAGUGUUCUGGCUCAGAAACUAAUUCAUUUCAACGCCCCCCAAAGCCCCCCCGCAGACCCCCGCUGCUGCUGGGGCCCCCUCUCCGGUGCCAGCCCCGCGCCCGAUGCCCCGUCCAUGGGCCGCGGCUUCCUGGCGAGGAGGAGCAGGAAAGUCUUCUUCCUCUCCAAGGUUUUCCCAGUGUUUCCCACCGCUGACUUUUUUUUUUUGUCGAGGCGACUCCGUUGGAAUAUGACAGACGUGGUUUUCUCACCCCGAUUGCUCCUGGGUUUGGUUGAUUUUGCGUUGGGUUUUCUGCUUUGGUUCUUCAUUGGGUGUCUGAAGAAAGUCCGCAUCCUCGCCCACUCCAUGAAUCCGUUUAGCACACGUGAGAUCCCAGGAAAAGACACUGAGUCCUUGUGGUUUUGUGUGUAAAGGGGGAUUAGCAAAUCCUGGACUGUUUUUUUUCUUAAAAAAAAAAAAAAAAAAAAAAAAAAGUGAAAUAAACUCUAGAGGCAGAGGAUUUGCUUUUGCACAGAAAAGGGGCGCGAGCGCUCUCUGCUGCCUACAGAGAUGCUGGAAAACUACUGAAAAGAGUUUGGGAACUUUUAUUUUUUCUUUUGGUGAAACUUGGAUAACACUUCUCAAUGCAGAACGAUUCACUUGACGUACGUACACUCACCCGCCUUUUAUAGGAGAUAUAUAUCCCACCGUAUAUAUCUUUAUAAAGGAAAGGGAGAAAGCAGAGCGAGCCACCCGAAGGCGCAUUUUGAAGUGACUGCACGUAUAAUCGCAAAUGCUGCUUUUUUAUUGCUAUGGCACAAGAACAUCCAUUUGGAAAAUGCGGAAAAGUUCAGAAGUCUCCUUUCUCCUGCUGGUCUUUCAGCCCUCUUCUCGUCUGCACUAAAGCCAUCCGUGUCACUGCCAUCUCCCUGCUUUUUCCUCUCUUGCUCCCUGCAUCCAAACCAUUCUGAUUAAAAAAGAGAAAAGAAAAUAGUUACCUGCUGGUUUAUUGGGGUUGUGUCUUACCUAUUUAUCAUGUCUGUAUAUAUUUGUGGGUGAAGAUUGUGAGCCUGGUUUUGUUUGAAGCUGAUGGUGAGUGUUUCAAAAAUAUGGUUUGGGAUAUAUGCCCUUUUUUUGUUCAUUUUUUCUUUUCCUAGUCUUAAAACUAAAAAAAAAAAGAAAACAAAAAAAUAGAGUCUGCCCUGAUUAUUUCCCAUUGCACUGAAUAUUCUGCUUUGUCUCUGAUAAUUUCACCUGCAGUUGUUUGCGUUUUGUUGGGUUUUUCAUUUGUUUUUGUUCUUCUUCCACUUCAACAAUUUGAGAUGGUUUAAA